GAAUAUCACCAUGUCGGAACCUCCCCGGGCUGAGACCUUCGUCUUUCUGGACCUAGAAGCCACUGGGCUCCCCAAUGUGGAUCCUGAGAUUGCUGAACUGUCUCUUUUUGCUGUCCACCGCUCUUGCCUGGAGAGCCCAGAGCGGGAUGACUCCGGUACCCCCAUGCUGCCCCGUGUCCUGGAUAAGCUCACACUAUGCAUGUGCCCGGAGCGCCCCUUCACUGCCAAGGCCAGUGAGAUUACCGGCCUGACUAGCGAAGGUCUGGCUCAGUGCCGGAAGGCUCCAUUCGAUGAUGCCAUAGUGAAGACACUGCAGGCCUUCCUGAGCCGCCAGGAAGGCCCCAUCUGCCUGGUGGCCCACAAUGGCUUUGAUUACGACUUCCCUUUGCUGUGCACCGAGCUGCAACGCCUGGGUGCUCACCUGCCCCAGGACACUGUCUGCCUGGACACACUUCCGGCGCUGCGGGGCCUGGACCGUGCCCACAGCCAUGGCACGCGGGCUCAGGGCCAUAAGAGCUACAGCCUGAGCAGCCUCUUCCACCGCUAUUUCAAGGCUCAGCCAAGUGCGGCCCACUCAGCGGAGGGCGAUGUGCAUACCCUGCUCCUGAUCUUCCUGCACCGUGCUCCUGAGCUGCUUGCCUGGGCAGAUGAGCAGGCCCGCAGCUGGGCCCACAUUGAGCCCAUGUAUGUGUUGCCUGAAGGCCCGAGCUUUGAAGCCUAA